AUCAAUCCGUAGUCCCGAUCGAUCUUCACUGGCCAUUGGCGCAAGAAAGAUGGCACGACUCCUCCUCAUCCUGGCCGCCUCGCUGGUCGCACUGGCGUGGCCGGCGUCGUGCCAACGUCUUCCGGUGCUCGCCCCGGUCACCAAGGAUCUCGCCACCUCCCUCUACACCCUCCCCUUCCACGACGGAGCCAAUCUCGUCGUCGACAUCGCCGGCCCGCUCGUCUGGUCCACCUGCCAGCGUGACCACCUGCCGGCGGAGCUCCCGUGCAAGAGCCCCACCUGCCGACUCGCCAACGCCUACCCCGUCCCGGGCUGCCACGCGCCCGGCUGCGGCCGCGAUUGGCACGGCGACAGGACGUGCACGGUCUACCCGUACAACCCGGUCACCGGCGCGUGCGCUGCCGGGAACCUCGUCCACACAAGGUUUGUCGCCAACACCACCGACGGGAGGAACCCGGUGAGCCAGGUGAACGUCAGGGCCGUGGCGGCGUGCGCGCCGAGGAAGCUCCUGGCGUCGCUGCCCCGGGGCUCCACGGGCGUUGCCGGGCUGGCGGGCUCCGGCCUGGCGCUUCCGGCGCAGUCGAUGGACCACACCCCGCUCGUCACCAAGCAGGGCAGCCCGGCGCACUACAUCUCGGUCAAGUCCAUUAGCAUGGACAACACCCGCGUCCUCGUCUCCGAGCGCGCGCUCGCCACGGGCGGCGUGAUGCUCAGCACGAGGGUGCCCUACGCAUUGCUCCGGCGGGACGUCUACCGCCCGUUCGUGGACGCGUUCGUCAAGGCCCUGGCGGCGCAGGCUGCGCCAGGAGGGCCCGUCGCGCGCGCGGUGAGGCCUGUGGCGCCGUUCGAGCUGUGCUACGACGCGCAGACGCUGGGCAACACGAGGUUCGGGUACUGGGUGCCGAGCGUCACCCUGGCGCUCGACGGCGGGAGGGACUGGAGGAUGGCCGGGGUGAACUCGAUGGUGGACGUCGAGCCGGGGACGGCGUGCCUUGCGUUCGUGGAGAUGAAGGGGGUGAAGGCCGGGGACGGCAGGGCGCCGGCGGUGAUCGUGGGAGGGCUCCAGAUGGAGAACAUCGUGCUGGAGUUCGACAUGGAGAAGAAGCGGCUCGGGUUGCGCACGAUGCCCUACUAUAUGCAGUGCAGCCACUUCAAUUUCACUCGAAGCGCCUAG